UGGUGAAAGUAAUAAUCCUAAUAAGAAUAUUGAUAAUAACAAUAAAACAUUCUGAUCAAUCAUACAUGAGUUAUUAAAAACACAAAGGGAAGCAUGAGUGGAGGGUGAUCAGUCAUCAGCAGCCCCACCCCUCACGACAGCUCGUAACUAUUUUGUGAUUAAAAACAUCUUUUUCAACCGAGUCCUGGUCGAGACAGGCAGCAGUACAAACUAAGAACAAGUCAAUUAAAACGGAUAGAAAACAAAAAGACAGCAAACUAAAACAGAAUAAAAAUUCAAUUCAGCAAUAUCAGUUCAAGCCACGACACUCCCACGAUUCAUCUCCAGGACUUUAAAGUGGAUUUAAAAGAGUUUUUCAAGAAGUUUAUAAGACGACGCAGGGGUUAGUGUUCGGGAGAGUCUUUCUUAAUUUUGAAAUAAGUAUGAAAAGUAUGGUAAUCGCUUUAGAUUCAUUUAAAUUGUACUCAUCCUCAAUGUUUUCAUUGUCCAGGUGUGUUUUCUAUUCAAAGUUAAACUCCUGUAUUCAGUUACAACACUCAGUAUAACCACAAGGGCUAUCAUAUGUUUACCUUGAUUAAUCACAGCUGUUUGCUCGUUUAUUGAUUUCGCUGUCAUUGUGUUCACAUGUGGUGUAAAAGAAUAAAAAAAUAGUUUAAGGAAAAGAAGCAGGUGUGACACCCGUUUCUUUGCGUCAACCAGUGUUUGAUGGCUUGAAGACCGUUUUGUUUUCGACUUACAUCGCCUGAAAUUGGGAGUUGAGAUGGAGGUGUCAUCUGCGUAGAAGCGGAGAGCGAUGUUCAGGCAGCAGGAUCAGCGUGCUCUCCACUCCCACCUGAUGUUGACUUUCUGCUUCAGCUGCAGGUCAACAAUAGAAAUGUACAGCUCUGCAGGUUAAAAGGGUUUGCUCAGACUGAGAGGAAGGCAAGCAGCCAUGUCAGCUCGGAGCAUUCUGGCUUUUCUUGCUUUAAUUGCAGGUGUUUCCAGCAGUCAGACUUCAAACUGCUCCUAUUUGGGUCUUUUCAAACACUUAAACCUGACAGAGGAAAAUGAAGUCCUAUCAGGAAUGCGGCCCGUCAAAAACUGGACAACGUCCACCUUCGUUCAGAUUGACAUGAUGUUGGACGGGAUUUUAGAAGUGGAUGAGAAGUCUCAAGCUGUCACAAGUCACAUCUGGACUCAGGUGGUGUGGGAAAAUGAAUUCCUAACCUGGAAUCAAUCAGACUUUUGUGGGAUAGACAUGCUGACCGUUCCAGCAACGAGAGUGUGGAACCCAGAUUUAUUCAUCCAAGAGGACGCCUCUGAUGUUGGAACUAUUCAGAAAAGUCCAUUUGUCCGAGUGACUUCCGACGGGAUGAUGUACUCUUACUUUCGUCAGCGACUGACCUCCACCUGCCAGCUGAACCUGUGGCUGUUCCCCUUCGAUUUACAAAAAUGUACCAUCACAUUUGGGUCCAUGGUGUCAGAUGCAAACUCAAUAAACCUGGGAUCCGUCCACAAUGCCUCAACCCUUACUGAUAUCUCGGAGAGAUACAUGGUCACACGGGGAGAAUGGUACCUCGCAGAAAUUAAGAUGGUUGCAUGCAAUGUUACCAAAGCUGCUUUAAAAACAAGCAAACUUACAUAUGAGAUCACAAUCAUCAGGAAGCCCAUGCUUUAUGUCGUCAUUUUAAUCGUGCCGCUGUUCUUCUUACUGCUCCUGGACUUGGCCUCCUUCUUCAUCUGCGAGGCCAAAGGCGAAAAGCUGAACUUCAAAGUGACCAUCCUGCUGUCCGUCUCUGUCUUACUGCUGAUCCUUCAGGAUAUGUUGCCUUCAACCGAAGACAAGCUGCCAAUGAUCGCCACCUACUGCGUCAUGACCUUUGGCCUGGUGGGGAUAAGUGUUCUGGAGGCCAUGCUGGUGGGUUUCCUAAUCGAGCUCGAUGGUCAUCGUGCUAAGAAGGCUCCAAACUCGGCCUGUGAGGAGAUUCAGCUGGAGGAAAACCAUCAGAAGGAGGCUGCCCGGGCUGAAGAGGAGGUCCAGGUGAGACCGGAGAAAUGUUACCUUCCUCUGGACGGGCCGAGCGGGAGCCACCUGCUGACACUGAUCCUGGAGGAAGUGAAGGCAGCUCGACAGGAAGCUGUAGGCCAAGAAAAAGACGAGGGGAAGCCCGGACACUACACAAGAAUGGCAGAAAUCAUUGACUAUGUUUUCUUUGUCCUCUAUUUUUUAACAGUUGCUACAUUUCUGACAGUCAUGUAUAUACACUGGGUUCACUUCUAUUAUGAUUAUGUGAAGUGAUGAAGUGUGUAUAAUCUGCCAGUGCAUGCUCUUAGAUUUAUGACUAUGAAUGGUAAAUAACUAAAUAUCACCUCGUUAUGAACGUUUUAAACACAUACAGUAAUUGAUUUGUACUUAA